AUGAAUUAAUAAAAAGAUAAGCCAUAAAAACCGGAAUGUUCGCCAAUCUCUGAAUAGAAUGAUUUCUAAGACACAACGUAAAAGAGGGAUUUCCCUGAAUUGAACCAAUUGUACAGGGAAAAAGAGGAUUUGAUCAAAUGGUUGCUUGACUAAUUAUAAAUUGCUUAAAGGUUAUGCACUCAAAUAGUAACAAUCAAAAACAAGGAUUAAAUCUAGGACUUUUAGGAAUUAAAGCGCAUUCUUGAUGAGUCAUUAGAAAAAGCAAAAAAUUAGGGGUAUUCUUAAGAAACGAGUGUUAACCCAUUUGAUUCACCACCAAAAUAUAUUUCUGAUAAGGAAAUAAUUGAUUCAGAUAUUAAAACCAAAAGCUAAAAUAAAUUCAUCAAUAAUCCCUCCGAUACCAAAUUAAUUUCAAAUACGAACAAUCAUGAAAUUAAGUGUAAUAAUUUAGAUUAUUUAGUUGGCCAUAGAGAUAAUUAAUAGAAAAUCUACUAAAAUACCAAUGCUUACAAUGAAACUCUUGAAUAAUCAAAGGCAAACUAAUAAGAAGAUUUUAAUUAAGAAAAUGGAGAUGAAGAAUUUGGAUCAUCAUGCCAUUUUAUUAAUUCCUCAUAUGAAUUAAGAGCGAAAGAAUCAUUUAUGCGGUUGAAAUAGAAUUAACUUAAACUCUCAUAAGAAUAUUUAAAUUUAUAAAGGGAAUUUAUAAUUUAUAAGGAAGCAUCAUAGAAAUUCAUUCAAAACGAUGUAAAGUUGUUAAUGCAACAAUUCAAAAUUUAAAUCUCCAAUCAAGUUAGAAGUUAGCCUUAAAUUUAAAAUUACGAACCAUAAAGUUAAGAAAUAACUAUUCAUUAAAAUAGAUAAAUUGAAUCUUAAGCUAACCAUAAUAUUUAUUAUUUGAUGUUUUCCAAUUACAAAGAAACUUUACUACAAUUAAGAACUCAGUUUGAAAGUCUAAAAUAGGGUUUGAUUAAUGAGAAUCAAAAAUUAAGAUUAGAAGUGGAAAAAGAGUUAGAAAAGUUUAAAGAAAAACUAUAAAGUAUAUUUAAGCAAAAUUAAUCGAAUAUAACAAAAAUAAAGGAUUUGUCUGAUAAUUUAUCUAUCAAACAUAAGGAGAAUGAGGAUUUGAAGAAAUCUUUAAUUAAUAUCAAAAAAGAAUUGGAUGUGGAGAGACAGAAUAAUUAAGAGUUAUAAAAUAGAUUUCAAGAACAAGCCAAUGAGGCUUAAUUAGGAUAGUUUAAUGAUUCAAAUGUUUAUUCUUUAUUAAAGAAAUUUGAAUAAAACUAAAGAGCGGUUUGUUAAAAUGGCAAUGAAGCAUUUGAAAAAUUGCAGAUGAUGGAAGAACUAAACUAAUAAGUGACUCAAAUUAAGAAAGCAGUUAUGAAAGAUUAUGAGACUCAAAUUGAAAAUUAGGAUUAAGAAAUAAAAAAGUAUGAAAUGAGAAUUAAAAGUUUAUAAGUGGAAAAAAAAUAAUUGGAAGAAAAUAUUAGAUAAAAUAAUCUCUAGGGUAUUCUAAAUGAUACAUUACAAAAAGUAUCAGAUUAGGAAAAAAAAAAUUAUGAAUUGUCUAUUGAAAUCAGCAAAAAAGCAAAUCAAAUUACUUUUUUGAAAGAACAAAUUCAAACAUUAAACGAUUUUGUUUAAGGAAAAUAAAAUGAAAUAAGAAAAUAAUUAAUGGAGGAGUAUAAAAAUAUAAUGAAAUUGUAAUUGGAAGGGUGUUACACUUUAUAAUAAUAAUCUAUUCUUUUUAACUUCUUAGGACUUAAAAUAUUUAGAUAAUACAUUAUUUCUGAAAAUUCUAACAGAACAUAAAUUGAUUUAACAAUGGAGAAAUUGAAUUAGUUUAAUUUGACAUGCCAAAAAAAAGAAAAUUAAAAAUUAAUGGAAUCCAAAGAGAUAGAAAGAUUUUAUAAAGAUUAUUAUGAUUAAUUGAAGGAUAUUUAUGAGGAGACGUUAUAACAAUUCAAAAGGCUAUUAAAGGAAAUAUAAGAGAGAAGAAUUAAAGCGUAAUGA